AUGAAAACAAUCAUUGCUGCCUAUUCCCAGAACCAGAGUGGGAGUCACGCCAGCAUCCAGGCUGCCCUCCGCACUCUGCUUGACGUGGGCUGGCCUUCCAGAAAGGAUUUCAAGGCCUGCAUCCAGCUGCUGUCAGUCCUCCAGUGGGUGCUCAGUUUCCUGCUGCUGGGGACUGUUUUCCUGCUUCUUCUCAUCUAUCUGCUUUUCACCAGUUUCUGGCCUAUUCCUGCCCUCUACCUGACUUGGCUUAUUUUUGAUUGGGACACACCUGAAAAAGGUGGGAGAAGCUCUUCCUGGAUACGGAACUGGUUCAUCUGGAAUCAUUUUCGAGAUUAUUUUCCUAUUCAGCUGGUGAAGACUCAUAACUUGCUCCCAAGCCACAAUUAUAUUGUUGGCAUCCACCCCCAUGGGAUCCUCUGUGUUGGUGCUUUCUGCAAUUUUGUCACUCAUUCCACGGGUUUCUGUGAGAAAUUCCCAGGGAUCCAGCCCUUCAUGGCCACGCUUGCAGGCAAUUUCCGCUUGCCGGUUUUCAGAGAAUACUUAAUGAGUGGAGGUCUGUGUCCUGUGACCCGUGAAGCGAUCGGGCACCUGAUCUCCAUGAACGGCACUGGAAAUGCUGUGGCAAUUGCAGUUGGGGGUGCAGCUGAAUCACUCACCUGCAGGCCGGGAUUGAUUACCUUAAUACUUAAAAAUCGCAAAGGCUUUGUCCGGAUGGCACUCCAGCAUGGGGCCCACCUGGUUCCCGCUUUCUCUUUUGGAGAGAAUGAUCUUUUCCAGCAGCUGGUCUUUGAAGAAGGCACCUGCAUGAAGAGCUUACAGAACAGGUUCCAGAAACUGCUGGGCUUUGCUCCCUGCUUCUUUUACGGAAGGGGAUUUACCUCUGUCCAUUCCCGAGGUUUCCUGCCUUUCCCCAGGCCCAUUACCACUGUCAUUGGAGAGCCUGUGACUGUGCCCAAGAUUGAGCGGCCAAGCUGUGGGACAGUGGAUGCAUACCACGCAAUGUAUGUCAAAGCUCUGCUCAAACUCUUCAAUGACAACAAAGUCAAGUAUGGCCUAUCAGAGACAGAUGAACUGCAGAUCCUAUGA